AUGAAGAUGCCCGUGAAGCGAAGGAAUAGUAAUUCCAAUGGCAGCGGCAGCAAGCACGGAAAUGGCAACAAGGGCGUCAUUGUCAAGAUGAAGAAGCAGGCGGAGGACGACGAUUUCGAGCAGUUCCUGUCUGAACUCUCCAACACGACGCGGCACAGUGGCAUGGAGCGGACGGAAAGGAUGCUAAAGGAGGGGAAGGUUCGCGAGGGCCAGCGCAAGAAGCACGCCGACUUCGCGAAGCAGCGCUCGACUAACGAGCUGGAGAACGCGCUAAUCAACCGCCAAAAGAGUAUGCAGCUGCAGCAGCUGCUGGCGGAACUCCUUUCAGCGCAGCGUCCGUUCGGUAGCAAGCCCGUGACGGACUUACAUAGCGAGACGCACACCGAUAACCCCAACUUUGACGUCGCGGUUGGCAACAUGCAGGGCUGGCGCGCACAGAUGGAAGAUGCGCACCUGGUGAAUGUAAAGUUCCUGUCCGGCGGCGCGGAUAGCAAGGAGGGCUAUUUCGGCGUCUUCGACGGCCAUUCCGGUGUGCAGAGCGCCAGCCUGUGCAGCCAGAUUUUCUCCAGCACCGUGGAGAAGUACGCUACGCCGGCGGGCAACCACCACCACACCAUCGACUUCGAGAAGGCCUUCCUUGACGUCGAUAGGCAGCUGAAGGGUGCGCUCGGCGAGGGCGGCUCUGGCAGCACGGCUGUCACCGUGUACGUUUCCCCGGAGGAGAUUACGUGCGCGUGGGUUGGCGAUUCACGUGCGGUGCUGUGCCGCAACGGCGGCGCCUUUGACCUGUCGCACGACCACAAACCGGAUGUGACGGCCGAAAGGGAGCGCAUCGAGGCGGCCGGCGGAUUUGUGCAGGACAACCGCGUGAACGGGCAGCUGGCCAUGAGCCGCGCCAUGGGCGACUUUGUGUACAAGAGGGACACCAAGCGGGAGGUGACGCAGCAGCUGGUGGUGCCAGUGCCCGGCGUGAUCACGACAAGGCGGAGCGCCGGGGACUCGUACGUGGCCAUCGCCUGCGACGGCAUCUUCGAUGUACUGAGCAGCGAGGAGCUCAUCGAGCUCGUUAACGACAAGAAAGCGAACGGCAUGUCGAACAUUGACAUCUGUAAGGAUGUGUGCAACCGAUGCCUCGCGCCGAGCUCGCCGGAGGGCGGCCCGGCCGUGGCGGAGGGCACGGACAACAUGACCAUCAUGAUCGUGGAUCUCAAGUAA